AUGCUCCAACUGGUGUCUGAAUCGAAACAGUUGUUGAUUCAUUACAAAUAUUCAAUGGAUCUUACAUCUUCUGGUCCUAUCCCAAUGAAGUCUGUCAAAGAUGGUUCUAAGAAGACUGUAAAAGUUGUCUCUGAGAAGAAAGUUCAGGGUGGUUCUAAAAAGUUAAGAGCUCAGACAUUCGAAAAGACUUCUACCAUAGCUACACCAAUAUCAAAUACUUUUGAAGCAGAUCACGAUAGCAAAGAGGACGCAAAUGUUACUAUAGAUGACGAGACUUUGACAUCUUCUCUAGACACUAUAACUAUUCCACCACCACCACCUUCGUCUCCACCUCCAACUUCAACUAUCACACCAACAAUAAUUCCAGUUAUUUCACCUACAUUUGCAGGUAUCAUCAAUGAGCCUAUAAAUUCUUUAUUCUUUUCUCAAUCGACGGAUCAAGAACUGCUGAAUAACGAAGAAGAUGAACUAGUUGAAUUUGCUGAGCUUAAAUUAGAUCCUGAAGAAGUAAAUGUUGAUGACAAUUCAAUCAUGUCACGCAAGCAGUAUAAAAUUUUGAACUUCAAACUCAACAUUAUUCUUCUGUCUUUAAAUGAUAAUGUUGGGAAGUCUUCUAUGAGUGGUGAAGGGGGUGAGUUUUUAGUGAAAUCUCAAGAGUUGAAAAUGAAGACUUUGAUAAAUAGUAUUGUUAUCAAUUUAGAAGAAAGUCUUGCAACUCAAUCUAGUUCUUAUAAACAUGAAGUCAAGGAAUUAUAG